GAACACGCCUUCCCUUUCACGCACAAAUUCAGACGCGUCUCAGUACGGUGGUUCCCAAUAUUCAUACAGUUCAGCCCCCUCCCCUCUUAGUCCCGCCCACUCCCCAGCAAUGCAUAGACACUACCCCUCCCCCGCCCUUCCCUCCUCUCCACUCCCCAGGCGGCUCUAUCCCGGGGAGGAGGGGGAGGAGGGAGGAGCAGUUACUCUUCCUCAUCAUGGAGGGAUUAGUAGACAGCAGCUGAUUAAUAGUCCUUGCCCUGUUUGUGGAGAUAAAAUUUCUGGAUUUCAUUACGGUAUUUUCUCAUGUGAGAGCUGUAAGAUUUGAGAAAUGUUUAAAAACUGGGAUGAAACUGGAAGCAAUUAGAGAAGACCGUACUAGAGGAGGGAGAAGCACUUACCAGUGUUCAUACACCUUACCACAGAGUGGUGUGUCAAGUCCAGAUUCUAAACCAAGUAUCCCUGUGGUACCAAACCUUCUCCAGGAGAUCAUGAAUGUUGAACAUCUUUGGUUUGGUACCCAGCUUUCUCACCGGGGUAAAGACGGAUCAGUACAGAGGAUCUGUAGGAACUCCAAACCAAACCUGACCGGGACACUAAACCCUUUGGAGGAGAGCCCGAUGGAGCAAAGGCUGUUAGGCGCAGGGAGCAGGGAGGAGUUGCAAUCUAUAGGGGAGCAGCAAUAUCACAGAACUGGUUUGAACCUUGUUAGCAGUACAGCAGAACGGCGAAGCUUGGCUGCAACUGACAAGGGCGGAAGACUGGAAGAACACUUCCAUGGCGGAUUGGAGGAGCCUCGAGGCGGAGUUGGUUUGACCAGAAUGGCAGAGCCUCGUGGCGGAGUUGGUACGACUGGAAUGCCGGAUCAACUUCUUUACCAGCUGGUUAAAUGGUGUAAAAGUCUUCCCUUGUUCAAGAACAUUUUGAUAGAUGAUCAAAUAUCCCUGCUGAUCAACGCAUGGUGUGAGCUCCUUGUUCUGUCAGCCUGCUAUCGAUCAAUCAAUACCCCGGGAGUUAUUUGGGUGUCUAAUGAGGUAAGCUUGAGCCUGCUGGAGGCCAAGGACAAGAAGCUGGAUAAAUGGGUCGAGAAGAUGCUCAACUUUACAGAUCAGCUAAGACGGUAUCUAUCUAUCUAUCUAUCUAUCUAUCUAUCUAUCUAUCUAUCUAUCUGUGAUAUUCAGCAGUGGUGCAGAGAGAGGAUGAGUAUUAGGAAGUGGCUUGCAGGAGAAUAUGAGGAAUAUGUGGCUCGGAUGAAAAACUAUUGUGGCAGGGUAGGCUUCGAGCCCUCGCAAGGCUAA